AUGGCGGCCCACGCUGCAAAGAUGGUCGGCGUUUCUGAAGACUCCAGCAGCAGUGAUGAUGAAGCGCUGAGAAGAUGUCAGGAAGCGGUUUGGGACACACAACUUACCAAGAAGAAAGAUGCUGACAGCAAUGUGCAACAGUCCAAACGUAUUGUUGUUGCUGAACAUGAGCAUGAUGGCAACGAGCUGCAAGUCACCCAAGGGUUUCGAACACACGUCGCUAAAAAGUUGGGACAUUUUCUUGACAGUUGCAUUUCAGAGUCACAAACUGAAACUUCGUCUUGUGCGGAAUCAGGAAAAUGUGAUGAUGGUGAUGAUGAAGGAUUUCGUCUGUUUUCUACAUCAAUCCCAGGACAAACAGUUGAGGAGCCUCCACCCCCUGUGCGGCGGAGGCCAAUACCCAGCUCAAGUGACAGCGACAGUGAGAUGGAAUCACGGCUGAGGGAGGCAGCUGUGUCAGUCAAAGAUCUCCUACCCUCACUGCCCUCACCUCCCUCAGCGGAGCCUCCGUGCUCAGAAAAGAAAAAGAAAAAGAAGAAAGUAGCUCAGGAGGAGGAGGAGGAGGAGGAGAGCAAUGUUGUUGUGAAAAAGAAAAAGAAGAAAGUGAUAGAAGGAGGAGAGGAUAGCCACGUUGCUAAGAAGAAAAAGAAAAGGAAACCUAAUGAAGAGGAGAGCGAGGAGGUGGACUUUGCAGGCUCUCCUCCUAAUGCUCAAAGUAACGGUGACCACGAGAACUCGCAGGAACACAACCAAGCCAAAGUAAAACGGAAAAAGAAAAAGAGGCGAGAAGGGAGCACAGAAGAAGAGACAUUGAGCUGAGACUUUUAUGACUCAUCUGUCAUUGUUAGAGGAUGGAUGUCUGUGUCUCACAGCCGCAUUGUGUCACAAACCUUUGAAAU